UAGUUAGCACUAUACAAGGCACCAAGAAGGGCGAGAAAGAAAGGCGGGCGGUAAGGAGAAAAGAACGGGUUUUUUUUUCGACGAUUUUUUUUCAGUGCAAAGCCAGGGCCGGAAAAAGAAGAGGAGGAAAUCAAAUCCAGAAAUUUUUCGGCGGAUUUUUUUUUUCCGGCGGAUUAUUUUCAGGAGCAAAGCUAGGGCGGGAAGAAGAAGAGGAGGAAAUCCAAUCCAGAAACCAGAAUGGGUUUCCUCGAAGACUUCCAAGCCAAUCGUUGCGCGAAGAGUAGCUGCUAGGGAUCAAAAUGAUUCGAGCUUUACUAUAUUAGGACUGUAACAGAUCCUUCACUGAGUGGUUUGCCACUUUGGGAAAUCAGCGCUUGAACUUGUGCUUGAAAUUGGAGGAUGAAACCUCUUCUCAAAAGGAAAUUGGAGGAUGAAACAGGGAUAAUGAGAACGAUGCCGUCCCAGCAGGAAUUUCUUGGUUUCGAGUCCUUGCCAGCCCUGCUGCAACGUAAUUAUGGAUUGAUGCGAGAUCUAGAUAAAAGUUUACAGGGAGUACAGCGGCAGAAUGAACAACGCUGUGAACAAGAAAUAGAGGAUAUUAGGCUGGGAGUUGAGUCUGGUAACAUUACUCCUGAUACAUCACUUAUCAGAUUUUCUGAUGAGGCUCUCGAUGAACAAAAGCACUGCAUCAGGAUUGCUGAUGAAAAAGUGGCCUUGGCCACACAGGUCUAUGAUAUGGUUGAUGCACACGUCCAACAACUUGAUCAAUACAUGAGAAAACUUGAAGAGGUCCGGCAAGAAAGGGAACUUGCAACUGGGGCGGGUGUUGGUGCUUCAAAUGCUGAUGCUAGCACAAGAUCUAGAAGGGUUGCUGAAAGUAGCAGAGGGGGGCGGAAGAAAUCACGAUUAGCAGUGGAGCCACCAAGCGUAGAUCUGGAAUUACCAGUGGACCCAAAUGAACCCACAUACUGUAUCUGCAACCAAGUUAGCUAUGGGGAGAUGGUUGCUUGUGACAACCCUGAUUGCAAGAUUGAGUGGUUCCAUUUUGGAUGUGUUGGUUUGAAAGAACAACCAAAAGGAAAAUGGUACUGCUCCAGUUGCGUUGGAAUGCAGAAACGUAGAAAAGGUAAAUGAAUGGUUGGUUACUUCUGUCAACAGUUAGGAGCUGAUUUUGGUGCCAGAAAUGCAAAUGAGUGGCGCCAUUUUUUCUUAAUGGUUGCUUUGGUCUCUGCAUCUAUAGACUAUAAGUGGAGAUAAGUUAACAAUUAUGUUAUUCAUAUUAUGUGUAAUAGCAAGGUGACCAUAUAAUACAGUUUUAGCAUGAAGAUUCUUUGUAAUAUGUGUGGUUUUUACUUUA